AUGGGUAGUCCAACCGUCAACCUGACGGUCCCUCGCCGUGGUUUCAUUGACGUUAGUUCUUCAACAUACCCAUCGCCCUCAGAGCCCUCGGCAUACUAUGGUGCGCUUCAGGUAUCUGAUAGAAGCUCAUCCAUAGAGCCAGUUUAUCAUAAACUCACUCCGGAAAAUCGCGAGAUACGGCUUCUGAGCAUUUUGCCUGGAAUCAAAGACCACUCACAGCCUGUACACUGCCGCCUACAAAUAUACUCUCUCAAUGAUCUUAAUUCAGAUUACCUGAGAUUUAUCCAUGAUUCUGCCGCGCCCACCACACAAAACUGGACAAGUAGUCGGCUUUCCCCGCAGCUAGCCAAUCUAGCCCCUCUAAAACGGAUGCACAGUACUCGGCCGAGCCCCAGUCUCUAUCGCUUCAACUGGGGAGAUUUUGCUGCCCUUUCAUAUGUUUGGGGGAACCAGGAUAAUAAACGAACCAUAUUGCUCAAUGGCCACAAAACAUCCGUGACUGCCAACCUGGAAGCGGCUCUACGCAUGUUUCAAAGCGGAUGUGAAUUCAACGACAGUUUCAAGCUAUGGGUUGACGCGCUUUGUAUCAACCAGGACGACCUCGACGAGCGAUCAUCUCAGAUCAAGAUGAUGCGCGACAUCUACGGAAGUGCAUGGUCAGUCAUAUCGUGGCUAGGAGAGGAAAGCAAUUCAAGCAGUGCGGCGAUACAGCUUGUACGUGAUCUUGCAGAGAUCAAGGCGAGCGGAUCUAUUGCUGAAUUCGCUGCUCAGUUGGAGGCAGAUCCAAGUUUUUAUGGCGGAACCCAUUGGAUAGGACUUCAAGAUCUGAUGGAUCGCCCAUACUGGUUCCGGCUGUGGAUCAUCCAAGAGGUGAUUGUUGGCUCCGCAGCGACUUGGAUCAGAUGCGGCCAACACACAAUAGCAUGGGAAACCUUUUGUGAUGGAAUCGCUGUCCUUCAAGAGUACCUUUGGCUCGUAAAAGACGAAUGUCUUCAAAUGGCCGUCCUCGACACUGGCCUCUACACGCAGCAUAUAUGGCGAACCAGUAGCUUGCAUCUUGUAUACCAAGACCUCGCCGUUCUCAGCAAACAAUUUGCGCAAAAGAUAUCAGACUUCAAUUUUGAAAGGUUGCUGGAUCUUGCAAACUCGGGUGAAUGUACAGAUCAGAGAGAUAAGGUGUAUGCCUUGGUUGGUUUGAUGCCCCCUGCUGUCGCAACUAUUUUGAAUCCAGACUAUACAUUGCCUGAAUGGAAGGUGUAUAGCGAGGCAGCCAGGGCCUUUAUACAAUUCGAUGACAGUUUGGACGCCCUUCGAGAAGGAAAUCCUUGGGGUCAUGCUCGAGGUCUUUCGUGGGCAGCGGAUUGGUCGUGGCCGGGUAGGAUCAGAUGGACACGCCACGAUCAACAGAUUUGGGGCCCUGCAUACCUGUUUUCGCGGGAUGCUACAUGUAGGCACAAUUCGGCAUAUCAUGCAAGCGGUGACCGGAAGCACGAUGCGUCAUUUGACGACGGCGGACUACUGUUACGAUGUACGGGCAUUAUUGUCGACACCGUCACUGGUCUAUCGGCUCGCGGAACAGGGUAUUUUUCUCGCUGUGAAAAGAGCAUCGUGUUUCCCGAGAAUUGGAAGAGUGUGUACGGCGAUCGUAACGCGACUGCAGAGGCUUUGUAUCGUACCCUGAUUUGCGACAGAGUUGCAUACGGUCACCGAUCCGGGCCCCAGCAUUCUGCCAUUUUCCAUCUUCCGUCUACCUUCGCUCUCGGGGGUCCACAAUUCAAGGAGAGAGGAUGGAAAUUUUUAGCCGGCCAGGAAGGAUAUUACUUUCGCUGGGAACAGUUUCGAACUGGCAUGCGGAACUUUCCACUUGGCGACUACCGAUUUGAUGAUUUUUUCUCAGAGGAGAUUCCGGCAGGUGCUUCUGAAUUUGUCCACACUGAAGUAUACUCUUGUUUUGAUCGCAGCUGCAAGAAACGACGAUUCAUGACCACAGAAAAGGGCUAUCUGGGAUGGGCGCCGGAUAACAUCUACGGUGGGUCCAACGAACAAACACAGAAAGGAGAUCUCGUUGCUAUCGUUUUUGGAUGUAGUACACCGCUCGUUAUACGCCCUCGUGGUGAAUACUACCUGGUUUUGGGCGAGGCUUAUGUACAAGACCUCAUGGAUGGUGAGGUAAUUGCAGCUUUAGAAUCCGGAAAGUAUACGACCCAGAGUUUUGCUUUUUGUUAA